AUCCAUUCAUCACUCACCGCUACUUUUCUACGUGUGUAUAUAUAUAUAUAUAAGGGUAAAUGUGCUCUCGCUUUCUUCCUUGUUCAGCUAGAGCUUUCUCUUCCACUUUCACUACUCACCUAAUUUCUCCCUGCAACUUCUUUACUAACACCACUAAGAGAGGAAGAUCAUAUCCUCCAGUUAAUAUUAUUGCGAGAUCAAUGGCUUCAGGUGGACAAACAUUCCCACCCCAGAAACAACAAACUCAGCCUGGCAAGGAACAUGCCAUGGACCCUACUCCUCACUAUUCUAGUCAGGAUUACAAGCCUGCUAAUAAGCUCCGAGGCAAAAUAGCGCUUGUGACUGGAGGUGAUUCCGGGAUUGGACGAGCGGUGUGCCAUUGCUUCGCACUGGAGGGUGCAACUGUGGCCUUCACUUACGUCAAGUCUCAAGAAGAAAAGGAUGCGCAAGACACACUUAAAUUACUAAUGCAAGCCAAGGCAGCAGAUGCAAAGGACCCAAUGGCGGUCCCAACAGACUUGGGAUUCGAUGACAAUUGCAAGAGAGUGGUUGAUGAGGUUGUGAGUUCCUAUGGCCGGAUUGAUAUUCUGGUGAACAAUGCUGCAGAGCAGUACGAGGCUAGUUCGGUCGAGGAGAUCAAUGAGGAAAGGCUUGAGAGAGUUUUUAGAACUAAUAUCUUCUCUUACUUUUUUGUCACUAGGCAUGCUUUGAAACAUAUGAAGGAAGGUAGCAGCAUAAUAAACACAACAUCCGUGAAUGCAUACAAGGGGAAUGCAAAACUUCUUGAUUACACAGCCACAAAGGGUGCAAUUGUUGCAUUUACUAGAGGACUUGCCCUUCAGCUUGUGGAGAGGGGCAUACGCGUUAAUGGUGUUGCCCCUGGCCCAGUUUGGACGCCACUGAUUCCAGCUUCGUUUUCUGAAGAGGAAUGUGCAAAUUUUGGUAAACAAGUGCCAAUGAAGAGGGCUGCUCAGCCUAUAGAGGUGGCCCCAUCAUAUGUUUUCCUGGCUUCUUGCCCGGAAUCCUCCUAUAUAACUGGCCAAGUCAUCCACCCUAAUGGUGGGACGAUAGUCAAUGCUUGAAAGUCUUUGGGAGCUUUUGUCAGCUGUCAGCGAAAGCUAUGAUCUGUUGUGUGUUAGUUUUGAUGUACUAUCUGUGUUUUGCACUAUGGUCUCCACAGUGAAGUGGUAUCAAUAGAAUAAUAAUCUACUCUGUUUAUAAGUUGCAAUGAAAUAUGCUCUUUUUUCUGUUUUA